UUCAAUAGAGAGAGAUUGCUCGUCUUCACUAACUUGCGUAGCAACCUCCGAUUCUCAUAAUUUUUACGGCUGGAAUAGUUUCAUUGCGCGAACAACAUACUGGAAAGCAACUUCUGUUCCCAAAUCUCUCAUUAUAAUCCUGAAAUUCACUGAUAGGAACAUCAAUUAAACCCUACAGUUAUCGUGCCGCGAAUCGAGGAAUGGCUUCAAAUUCUAUGGAUAUCGAUUUCAAAGAGUAUCUGUUGAGGUGCCAACUUCGAGGCCACGAGGAUGAUGCUCGAGGUAUAUGCAUAUGCGGGAAUGCUGGCAUAGCAACUUCUUCAAGAGACAGAACAGUUAAAUUCUGGACCUUGGAUGAAUCACAAAAGCGCAAUUAUACAAUGUCAAAGAUAUUGUUGGGCCACACUAGUUUUGUGGGGCCAUUGGCUUGGAUUCCUCCAAAUGAAGAUUUUCCAGAGGGUGGAAUUAUGUCUGGUGGGAUGGACACUUUGCUUUUCGUCUGGAACCUGAUGACGGGAGAGAAAGUGCAUACGCUCAAGGGUCAUAAAUUGCAAGUGACAGGCAUUGCAUUGGAUGGUUCAGAUGUCGUGUCAUCAUCCGUGGACUGUACAUUGAGACGGUGGAGGGGAAGCCAACAAGUUGAGGAAUGGGAAGCUCACAAGGCAGCAAUUCAAGCAGUUAUUAAGUUGCCCUCUGGCGAGCUUGUUACAGGUUCCAGUGACAUGACUUUGAAGCUUUGGAAAGGGAAGUCUUGUAUCCAUACUUUUCAAGGACAUACAGAUACUGUUCGAGGAGUGGCUAUUAUGCCAAACUUAGGAAUUCUUUCUGCAUCUCAUGAUGGUACAAUCAGGCUAUGGGCCCUUAGUGGGGAGCUUCUAAUGGAGAUGGCUGGUCAUACAUCCAUUGUUUAUUCCGUAGAUGCUCAUGCAUCUGGCCUUAUAGUCAGUGCUAGCGAGGAUUGUUCAGCAAAGAUAUGGAAAGAUGGAAUUUGUGUGCAGAGCAUAGAGCAUCCUGGUUGCGUCUGGGAUGCUAAAUUCUUGGAAAAUGGCGAUAUUGUGACUGCUUGCUCUGAUGGAAUUGUGCGUAUCUGGACCAUAGAUCAUGAAAGGACUGCUGACACUGUAGAUCUUGACUCAUUUGCUUCUCAAAUUUCUCAAUACAAACUCAGCAGGAAAAGAGUUGGAGGCCUGAAAUUGGAAGAGUUGCCAGGUCUAGAUUCAUUAAAGACUCCAGGAAGUAGUGAUGGACAGACAAAGGUAGUUCGAGAAGGAGAUAAUGGUGUGGCCUAUGCUUGGAAUAUGAGAGAACAGAAGUGGGAUAAGAUUGGUGAAGUAGUAGACGGACCUGAUGAUAAUAUGAAAUCCCCUGUGCUCAAUGGCGUUCAGUAUGACCAUGUAUUCGAUGUUGACAUUGGGGACGGUGAACCUAUACGAAAACUUCCCUACAAUCGCUCAGAAAAUCCAUAUGAUGUUGCUGAUAAGUGGCUUCUCAAUGAAAACUUGCCACUUUCUUACCGGCAACAGAUUGUAGAAUUUAUUCUGCAAAACACAGGACAAAAGGAUUUUACUCCAGAUCCAUUGUUUCGAGACCCUUAUACUGGAUCCAAUGCUUAUGUUCCUGGAGCACCAUCAAAAUUCCCAGAUGCAUCAUCGGCAAAGCCUUCUUACAAGCACAUUCCAAAAAGAGGGAUGCUUGCAUUCGACACAGCUCAGUUUGAUGGAAUCCUAAAGAAGAUCUCUGAGUUUAACAGUUCUCUGCUGUCUGACCCGGAAAAGAAACAUUUAUCAUUGAGUGACAGUGAUAUGUCAAGAUUUAAUGCCAUUGUUAAGAUCUUGAAAGACACAUCACACUACCAUAGCAGUAGAUUUGCAGAUGUUGACGUGGCAUUGAUGUUGCAAGUUCUGAAAACAUGGCCAGUUGCUUUGCUUUUUCCAGUUAUUGAUGUAGUAAGGAUGAUUGUGCUGCACCCUGAUGGAGCAGCGAAGCUUAUGCAGCACGUCAAGAAUCAAGAUGAUAUAGUCAUUGAGGUGAUAAAGAAGGUGACUGCGAGUCCUCCGCUUCCUGCAAAUCUGCUUACCUGCCUCCGUGCAGUUACUAAUCUUUUCAAAAACACUUGCUACUAUGAAUGGUUAUUAAAUCAUCGUGCUGAGGUUCUCGAUGCAUUAUCAUGCUGUUGUUCAUCUUCAAAUAAGAAUGUCCAAUUGUCCUAUGCAACUUUGAUCCUCAAUUAUGCUGUUCUUUUGAUUGAGAAGAAGGAUGAGGAAGGCCAAUCUCAAGUUCUUUCGGCAGCACUAGAGAUGGCUGAAGGGGAAACAGUUGAUUCCGAUUCCAGAUUUCGGGCUAUGGUGGCAAUUGGCUCACUGAUGCUUGAAGGCCUAGUGAGAAGGGUUGCUUUGGAUUUCGACGUGCUAACAAUUGCCAAAACAGCAAAGUCGUCUAAGGAAGCCAAGAUUGCUGAAAUUGGAGCUGAUAUCAAACUGGUUGCAAAACAGAGCUGAUUGAUGAUGCCCUGGGCUGUGUAAGUCCCCCGCUGCUGGCUCUUUAACAUACCAUAAUCUAAGACGAAGUUUCGACCGGGCCCGAGGCUAUACCAGCUCUACAUCUUUGAACACUAUCCAGCAUUCGUAAUUUUUGAGUACUAAGAAAUUGAACACUAAACUAUUUGUCUACUUUUCCAAAAUUUUUAUUUAUUUAUAAAGUCUAAUUAAAUUGAUUUACUAAUAAACAAAAUGUACUAACAUUUUAA